AUUGAUUUUGAUUCGACACUGCCGGAAAUUGGACUAAGUCCAGCAGAUUGCUGGUGGACAAAAACGGGAACGCCUAAAGAUAAAAGAGAAAGCUAGAAAAAAAUUGCUUUUUAAGGCUAUUCAGCAGAGGUCGUGUCGUGGUUCAUGAACGCCUGAAUAUAUGCAAAAUUUAUGAAAAAAAAAAUGAAAAAAAAAUGAAAAUCGUGUGGAACGACACUUAACGAAGUAAUACAGAAUUGAUUUAAUUUGCUUUCAAGCACGUCUACAGGUGAUAACAAAGUUCCACACACUGUACGCCGCCUUCACCUAUCAGUGCCAGUCCGAAAUUGCAUACGCUACAACCCUAAUAACGGUAGCAUUUUACAAGCCCAACAAUAAUCCAUCAUACGACCAACCAUAUCGCGCCUUCUCUGCGUCCUGGGCAUAUAAAUAACGCAUCCCGCCGAUCACUGGUGGAUCGGGUUUUAUCUGUCUGCAAAGUCCCGGAUAUGGAUCUGUACUACAACAUCCUGUCGCCACCGUCACGCGCCAUACUGCUGCUGGGCGAAGCACUGCACCUGAAGUUCAACCUGAUCAGCCUGGACGUGCACCGGAAGGACUAUGUGAACGCAGCGUUUAAGAAGAUCAACCUCCAGCACACGGUACCGACGCUGGUGGUCGAUGGUGUGGCCAUCUGUGAACCGGGCGCCAUACUGAUCUAUCUAGCGGAGCAGUAUGCACCGGCCGGUAGCACCUACUAUCCGCCCGAUCCGUUGCGCCGCGCGAUCGUUAACCAACGGCUGCUGUUCGAGUGUGGAACGCUGUACAAGUGCAUCUUCGUGUACUACAGUCCGGUCGUGCUGGAACGUGCCGUUCCGGUGGAGACGGAUCGGCAGAAGCUGGACGAAGCGGUAGCCGUGCUGGACGGUAUCCUGCACCACAGUGCGUUUGUGGCGGGCGAUUGUCUUACCGUGGCCGAUUACUCGCUAGUGUGCACCGUGUCCAUGCUGGUGCUGCUCAAGUUUGAGCUAGCCCCGUACGCAGCUGUCCGUCGGUGGUACGAACGGUGUAAGGAGGUGAUUGCCGGUUACACCGAACUGACGCAGCGUGCCGUGCGGAUGUUCCAAAAAUGGAUGGAGCAGGAAAAUGGGUCUAAUCCCCGCAAAGCAUAAG